UGAAAGUUGGACGAAAUGAGUAAAAUGGCAAGUCUAACUCACUACUCGCUCCUCUAUCUCCUCUCAUCCAUAGCUAAUUCCUUAAGCUCUGCAAAUCCCACAACAACAUCGACUACGUGUCAUUGCGACACGACAUCUCCGGUCGUACGCGGGAACUUUCCAGAAGGAUUUGUGUUCGGGGCAGCAUCCUCAGCAUAUCAGUACGAGGGCGCUGUAAAGGAAAACGGAAAAGGCCAGAGUUCGUGGGACAAUUUCACGCAUUCUUAUCCAGAAAAGAUUAAGGAUCAUAGUAAUGGAGACGUGGCCAUCGAUUCCUAUCAUAUGUACAAGGAAGAUGUAAAUAUUGCAAGAGAUUUGGGUCUUGACGCCUAUCGGAUUUCGAUAUCAUGGCCAAGGGUCUUGCCAGGUGGAAAGAUUGAGGCAGGUGUUAAUCAGGAUGGCAUUGAUUAUUACAACAAUCUCAUUAACGAACUCCUUGCUAAUGGUAUAGAGCCUUUUGUGACACUGCACCAUCUUGAUGUUCCACAAGCCCUACAAGAUGCAUAUGGUGGAUUUCUAUCUUCUCAAAUUGUAGGUGAUUUUCUCGACUUUGCAAACCUCUUAUUCGAGCAAUUCGGUGAUCGUGUCAAGUACUGGGUCACUAUAAAUGAACCGUGGACGUUUAGCGUGUAUGGUUACGCCUACGGUGUUUUUGCACCCGCAAGAUGCUCAGAGUGGCAGGGUCUCAACUGCACGGGUGGAGACUCUGCCACGGAGCCCUAUAUCGUGGGACACAACCUUCUUCUAGGUCAUUCCGCUGUUGUAAAUUUGUAUAGAGAAAAGUAUCAAGAUUCGCAAAAGGGGAAAAUUGGGAUAGUUUUUGCAGCGUAUUGGUUUGAGCCGUUCGAUGAGACGAAUGAGAAUGAGAAUGCUAAGGAUCGAGCCAUGGACUUCAUGCUUGGUUGGUAUAUGGAACCAUUGACACAUGGAAGUUAUCCAGAAAGUAUGAAGAUUCGAGUUAAAGAAAGAUUACCUAAAUUUGAUAAAAAUGAGAUUGAGAUGGUUAAGGGGUCUUUUGACUUCAUAGGGUUCAACUACUAUGGUGCAAUAUAUGCCCUCGACAAACCAAACUCGACGAGCUAUAGCUACACGACUGACUCUGAGAUGGUGAUCACAGGGAUCAAAAAUGGAAAGCCAAUUGGUGAGCAAGGAAGAGAUUCGAGCAAACUCUACAUUUAUCCAAAGGGACUUCGACAAAUGCUCAAAUUAAUAAAACAAAAAUACAAUAAUCCACUAAUUUACAUCACUGAAAAUGGGCUUGAUGAGGCAAGAAAUGACACUUUAGACCUAUCCCAGGCCUUACAAGACAACAUGAGGAAAGACUACAUUCAUCAUCAUCUGUGCUGUCUGAAUGAAGCAAUUGAAAAAGAUGAUGCAAAUGUGAAGGGAUAUUUUGUAUGGUCAUUGGUGGAUAAUUUUGAGUGGGCAGGAGGAUUUUCAGUUCGAUUCGGACUAUAUUACGUGGACUACAGAGAUGAAUUGUUAAGAAGAUAUCCUAAGAUUUCUUCACUUUGGUUCAAGAAUUUCUUAUCCAAGACAACUUGGUCACAGUGAAAUUCCAAACACACCUUAAUUUAAACUUGUAUAUUUAUUACUAUGAUAUUGUCUAUGGGGAUUUUGAAUCACCGUGCAAAGCCCAAUCUAAUUUCAGAUAUGAUCUGUCUAUUUCAGCAUGUUCACUUAAAUAAGAUCAUGCAUUAUAUGUUA